AGGCAGACCUUGGCCGCACACAGCUAGCAGAAGAGAGAGUCGAAACCAUCAUGACGCAUGAAUGGUGGAUUGAAAAGUGCUUCGAGUGUGCUAAUGCUCCGAUUUAGAAGUGCAAAAUAUCCGUGUAAAGUUGCGAAAAUGUAUCCCUAAAUAUCGAAUAUUCCGCCUAGAGUGUUUCCGGUUCGUGAUUCUAGUAACGGAAUAGUCCGUGUUGCCGUGGAUUGGCAAGGACAUUUGGUGAACCCUCGAAGCUAGCGCUAGUACAAUGUCAUCGACAGCUGCUGGCAGUUUGGGUUCGUCCCUGCCGGCGACUAUCCUGGCUAACGGCGGAAAACUUACGACUAGUAAAGGAGUAACUAGUGCUACAGGUGGCCCUGGAGGAGUGCUUCAAAGUAAAUCUGUGCCGUGUUCCGGUGGCGAAAAACACGAGUCAUGGCAGAUGGAACUGCUGAUGGAGCGGUUGCGGAGUAAAGCAAAGUCGUCACAGUACAAAUCAUUUCAGGAAAUGUCCAAAUCUGUUCGAAUGUCAUUAUUGGAAAAACGCUAUGCCUUAGAUGUAGUGGAGAAAUCAAAUUUGCAGAAAACAUUAGAUAGCAUGCAGUACUGUAUAAAAGUUACCUCUCGGCAAGGGCUGGUAGAGCGCUUGGACUGCCUUACUAGGCAGCUUGGCCUUAAACUGAGUGAGGACACUUCGGGACUGUUCAUAUCCUCCGAUAUGUUCUACUUAGAAAUAAUACUCGACCCCAACGGAACGGUUCAGGAUGUAAAGGUACAUCAUGAGUGUAAGAUGCGGCAGCAGAGCUGCAGUGAACUGGUAUCUUGCCUGCAGAGAGGUGAUUUCGUUGAUUUUACAACUCAACUAGAAGGGCUCGCAUCAAUCUAUCAGCUAAACGCUGAGAAGAAGAUAAAAGUGAACGCUUUUGUGGCUCUGCAAGCACUAGAAACUGAUCUGUACAAUCUGUACUCACUGUCAACGCAGCAUUUUACCGAUAUGCAUACCCUGCUGCUAAAAUCACCCCUCGGAGUGGUCCAGAAGCGACGAGGAGGUCAUCCGAUGAAACUGACUUAUUUCUUGGCACCUUACGAUUUACUGGACUUAGAAGCGAGAAAAAUGAAACCUUUGAGCGCCGAUCUUAUCUCCGCGGAAAAGUUUGGUUGUAGUGUGGCAGUCAGUUUGGAAGCUUCUGCUGCCAAUAAGUUACAGAUCCAACCAUUACUGGUUCAGCAGGGAAACUCACCGGUUUACAGUCCGAUUGAGAAGCACAAUUCCACCUCGCUGCCGGCCACGUUUGUUCUUAGGUUAAAUAAACCGAUGGCAUUGAAUGCAAAGCUACUGAAACAGGUCAAGCUGAUAACUGGCGAUGGUUCAGCCGUUGGAACCAGUGGAACGAUGGAACAAGGUAGCUACAGUUGCUUGAUUAGUUUGAUUGUACAGCAUGAGACGAACGGUGCGGUGGGUGAUAUUACCAAGGGGUUGUUUGUGACAAUGCCCGAUCAGUACCAUUGCUACUACAUGACGGCCAACCGGAAUCUUCAGGGUACCAUAGUAAGCAGUAUUCCGUUCACGGAGCCGCAGCACGUAUCCAAGGUGUUGGUGCUGCUGCGGCAGCAAGCUCUCUUCAAUCAGCUGCUAACCAGCUGUAUUAGAAACAACGGUGCCAGCAACACCCGAAUGACCGAUCACGAGCACUUGCUGGUGUUUGAAGUGACUGCCCUGUCCUGUCAGUAUGUGACCGUGUCGCUAGAACACCCAUACGAAGAAUCACUUGCGAUGGUUGAGUUUGAUUUGAGGAAUAUUCUGGCCAUUCAGGUGCGGGUGUUUUGCAAUGGAUAUGAAAGUGACGAGCACACGGCGCAGCGAGUUUCAAUGGUAGUGCAACGUACGAUGUCGAUUCCGGUGACGCUGCGAGCAUUGUUUCGAAUCUGGGAGGAGGAGUACGAGGCAAAGUUUAAGGGAAAGUUAGGAAUCGGUUCGGUGAAUGCGAUUGGCGGUGGAGGAAGCGGUACGGGUAAUGGAACCAAUGGAAUGGAUGAAGGAAAUUUUAGUUUGUCUAUGGGACCAGACGAGGGAGGAGGGAGUGGGCCCGGUGGAACUGGCGGGAGUGGACUAUCCGGGAUGGAUGUUCAACACAAUGGCGGCUUGAGUUUGAACGGAGGUGGCAGUGGAAUGAUGAUGCAUCAGGAAUUCUGUGACACCAACAAGGUAAAGCUGGAACCGAUAAAUCAGCCGAAAAGACCACGCGGGGAGGAGGAUUUUUGUAGAAGCCCAAAGAGUAGUAAGAUAAAACCUGGAGAGAAAGAUCUCGACGAGGAAGAAGGCGAUGAUGAUGAUGAAGAUUACGACGAGUCGACUAAUUUAAGCAGUUGCGACUCGAAUAACUCUUUGGGUGGGAAUCAAUCUAACGUAGCGAUGCAUCAAAAAUCAUCAUCAUCGCCGAUAACGGGAAUUCCGGCUAUGGAAAUGAUCGGAAUCGUCAAUGAAGGAAUGAACCCUAAUCUGAGAAACGUAGGCUAUUCUAAUCUGGAUCCCGAUUUAAUGCGAUCAUCGAAUAGCUCGGAUACGGAUGAUGAUAUAGGAGAACCUUCCACUCAAUCGACAGAGGACAGGCAUUCUUAUACUUCGUCAUCGGUAAGCAUUACCCCGAUUGCAAUUGGAAAACAGCCAGGUAGCACCAUGAACAACUCCGUCCUGAAUAACAUUGGUCUGGACAAACGGCUGGGCGUCGAAAUCAUUCCGCUGGUUAAUUCAGCAGCUAAUAUGUCUUCUUCAGUUACAAUCACACCGCUUCCAGUGGGAUCUUUAGCAUCAAUCAAAGGUGGAUCCAGUGACAGAAAAUACAGUGGGAGUAGUAGUGGUCUGAUUCGAAAAAAUAGUGAUUCUGAUCGAGCGAAGCUCGAAAAGAAAAAGAAGCGAAAGCAUGACGAACAGUUAGCCCUUCAGUUGCAAAUGGGUCCGCCUAAUAAAAUCCCUUCGAAAAAUAUCGAAGGUCCAGCGUCUCCAUCCGGCAGUAGUAGCAGAAAGUUUUCAGUUUCUCCAAUACCGUCGAAGAGUAGCACCGGUGGUAGUAGUGGUUCCGGGCAAAUGCUUCUGUCUGGUGGGAGUCCUAGCCAAGCAACAAAAUCCAGUCCAAAACACUCACCAGGGCAUCACAGUAGCCCUAAGCACCAAGGAAGCUUUGGAACAUCUUCCCCCAAACACAUUUCCGGUGGGGGUUCUGGUGGUGGAAAACCGAGCAUGUCUGCAUUGAAAUCGGCUGCAAGUGGCAAUUCACCUAGUUCUAAAUCAUCAUCUGGUUUGAGCAGUGGAAAAGAAGACGGUCCCUCCUCGGGUUCCCUUCUAUCCGGUAUGAGUGUAUCUGUUAAAAGUAGUGGAAAUGGUGGAGGAUCUUUGGUCCACAGAGAUCGCGAUCGAGAACGAAUUGAUAAAAAGACAGGAUACUCGACGUCUUCCAGCUCUUCCAGUCCGAAGUUGAAAACUCCUGCCGUUAAGUUGAAACAGUUGGAUUUAUCCGGUUGUGGUGCUUCGUUGAGUGCCGGUGUACAACUGGAACUGAUGAACAGUAAUAGUAGUGGGGGAAGCAGCACAGGAAGUGGUAGUGUAGACUUUACUGAUAGUGGUCUUUUCUCGUUUGGUGCCACGGAUCUUUCGAAGAAUGCUUCGGCUGCCGCCAAUUCAUCUGCCGGAAUGUUACUGUUGCAGCAAGCAAUGAAAAAUCGAAAGGGCUCUCUCAGUGCUGUGAUCGAUAAACUUAAAUCAGCCCAAAGUGGUGACGAAAGUUCGUUGAUGUUACUUCCCGAGCUGGUUCAGCAGGCCGGUUUCACUAUGAAGGAUGGUUCCUUUAGGACUGCUCCCUCUCCAACGACGGCGGCAACGACGACAUCCACAGCAUCGGUUUCAAAUCAAUCUUUCGCAACGGCACCAUCGUCGACGUCAUCAUCUUCAGCAGCAGCUGCCGCAUCGGCAGCCGUCACAGCCGCACUGGCAGCUCAUUUGUCCGCCUUACACAAGACUUCGGAAUAUAUGGUAAAACCAAGCUCUGACGGCAUAAAGCUCACCAUCCAAAACAAGAAAGGAUCCAAAAGCCACAGUGGAACUUCAACUUAUACCGGUUCCAAGAGUAGCUCAAAGUCAGGACUAAAACCGGGCGUUUCUAGUGGACCAGUCUCGAAAAAAAUGCAUGGCCCACAGUCUUUCAGUGGGAACUUUCCGUCUUCUUCUUCCAUUGGAACUGGUACUAGUAGUAGUAGUAGUAGUGGAAAAUUACCCAGUUCUGGAUCAUCUUCCAAGAUACAAUUUCAAAAGUCAAAUUCAUCGGGAGCUCUUUCGAGUUCCGGAGGAAGCGUAAUGAAGCAAUCGUUCAACAAAUCCGGUUCCGGCAAUGGUAGCAGCAAGGACAAACAGCGAUCCAGUUCAAAAUCAUCCUCCUCGAUGAUGUCUACGAAUGCGGCAAUGGCAGUGGCUGCCGCCCAAGCUGCAGCUAAUUUAAACGUAAUGAAAAUGUUAGGCUUUACAUCGUCGAUUCAGAACAUGGAAGGUUUCGUGAAAACGUUGGAUAAGAAGUUCCAGAUUCCUAAACUAUCGGCGCGAUCCGGUGGCACUGGAAGUGAUUUGGAUAAGCUAAAAGAAUCCCGUCCAGCUUCGUCCUCUGCGCCAAAUACGCCACUAUCCAAUGUAUCCCAAUCGCCUACUGGCAGUCAGGAUUUUUCGCUUCCUUUCAACAAACUGCCCGGUGACGUUUCGCCACUCCAUUCGGCCAUGUUACCGAACGUAAUGCAAAAAAUGUUCUCCGCCCAUGACAUGCUGCGGAGAUCUCCGAAUUUAGACCAUCAGGUUUCGAGCAACAGUCGUGAUGGUUUUCCCUCACUGUACGGAAAAGGUUCAUCCGGAGGUAGAACCACUCCAACGACAACCGUACCGCCACCGUUUCCCUCUCCGGUUGGUCUUCAAAGUCAUGCAAUGGACUUUUCCAGCAGCAAUGAUUCCGUCGAUGCCGGAAGCAGCAACAGUCUGAUGCGACCACCCUCCCGUCCCAGCAGUACUAUGUCCAACCAUAGCUCAUCAGAUAAACUAAUCGAUGCCACAGUCAGCAGCAAUUCGAUGGACGGUUUAUCAUCCACGUCGGCAGGGACAUCCUCACAGGCACAUGCCCUGGCAGCGGCAGCCGUCGCUGCACAGCUAAUGAACAAAUUCGAUAAUACUCAACAGCUGGUGGCAGUGCUGAAGAAUCAUCAUCUGGCAGUAGCUGCAGCUGCUGCCGCUGCUUCUUCUGGUUCCGCCGGUCCGGGACCGGUUACAUCGCCGGCGUCGGUUUCAGUGCAUAUCGUAAAAUCACCGGUUCCGAGUCCGCUUCCCCUGCACAGCGGGGGCCCCGUGGUGGACGAUGAACUGCUGGAUGAUGCCCUGGUCGGGAUCGGUGGGAAAUGACCGUUGCUGUUCGCGUUGUAAAUAGUGUUUUUGGGUUUGCUGCGUGUUGCUUUCAGCAUAGAUCAGUUCAAUUCGGUUUUUGAGGAUUUUAACUUUUGUUGUUUGAUCGGUUCUGUUAAUAAGAUCUAAAAAGUACAUACAAUUUGAAGAAAGAAGUCUUACAAAAUUUGACAUCGUGUCGUUGAUUUAUAAAUCAAUUCAUAAUUAUUGUUGUAAGAGUCAGUUGUAUAGUAAAGCUCAAACUUAUUUCGAGGAAAUUGAUAAGUGUGACCUACACUUCCUUUUCGACAUAACAGUCCCACUCGACUACUACUGUUUAGUAGUCUGUGGAAAAAGUUACGUUACAUGUCAGUAUCUGCUCGACCUUGUCAAUAUUGCGACAAUAGUCCCACGCCAUUUUUCUUGCCUUGCGUAGGUUUUAGGACUACUCGUUGAAUAAUAAACUGAUACGAUGCGUUGAAGAAUAAUUUCAAAUGAGCUCGUCGUCACGAAAAGGAACUCUGAAAUGCUGAAAGCGCCCGGCUGCAGAUCGCGUUGAUUAUUAAAUCAAAGACAAACCAUGAAUAGGAAAAGAAAGCGUACGCCUGCCGUACUGUCCGAGUGGUGGUACCAUUAUUAUUGUGUUUCACGUCUUCAUUCUAGUGUUUAAGCGAAGAGCGCGAAUCGUUUCGAGUAGAUUUUAAGAAGAAGGUAUAGCGAAUAUUAGUUUUUUUUUUCAUUUCACGCCACCUAAUUAGAUCCUUACCAAUUUCAAAUGAACGCAUGUAAUCGUGUUCUGUGGCAGUAGAAAAAUUGUUAGGAAAGGGCAGACCAACAGAAACGGUGAGAGUAUUUUAGGCAAAACAAAUUUACUAUUAAACAUGGUUCAACGUGAGAAACAAACAGAGCAAAAUUUCCAGGAAACUCGAAACGAUAGGUAAAAAUUCAGUAAUUUAAAAAAAACGUUAUUAUUUAGUGCGUAUUGAUAUCAAUAAAAAAAACUGA